AUGGCACGUAAACGUAAAGUCGCAGACGAAAAACCCUCGUCCACUGGGUCAACGCCUCAACCCAAUUCUACAAUGGCACACGAGAAGCCCACGUCCAAUGGCUCAACGCCCCAACCCAACGGUGCAAAGAAACGAAAGAUUGACUGGUCGACGGUAGACAAAGAUCUCAGCUUCAAGAUUACAGCCGUCACUGUCAGGAAACACAAGAAGCCAAGCAAAUCAGCAAAAUCAAAGCAGGGCGCUGUAAAUGGCGGGCACGUCAGCGAGUUUGACGCGCCUUUGGACGCGGAAACCACGCAGCCAAAUCCAUAUUCCGAGACGCAACUACCUGAGCUACACGUCAAGAUAAAACCUGCGCUGUACUGGGAGGCUAUGCGGCGCUAUCGGAGGUUCACUGUGAACGGCGAGGAGUUCGAAGUAGGUCAGAUGAUCUUUGUGAAGAAGAGCGAAGAAGACAAGAUCGCAGAAGGUCCCGGUACGAUUGAGCAUUGGAUCGCCAAAGUUCUCGAAGUUCGCGGCGGAGAUCCCGAGCAUGUCUUUCUCAGAGUGUACUGGGCAUACCGGCCUGAGGACAUACCAGGUGGACGACAAGCGCAUCAUGGCGACAGCGAGCUGAUAGUCAGCAAUCACAUGGAUAUCAUCGACGCUCUGUCAGUGGAUUCAUCCGCAGACGUGGUGUAUUGGGACGACGACCCGGAAAGCCUCGACCUCAAGACAGAUCAGCUAUUUUUCCGCCAGAGCUACGACAUUACAAAGCGCGCCAACAGCCAAUUGAGCAAAAUGAAAACGUACUGCAUCGACAAGAAGCCUUGCAAUCCGGACGAGCUUCUUCUGCAAUGCCCACAAUGUUCAGAGUGGCUUCAUGCGGACUGUCUCAAGAAGCGAGCGCUCCAAGACGCAGCACCGCAAUUGAAGAAGCGGGGCCGGCCUAGCCAAGUUCAAGCCUCCACCACCUUGGAUGCAAGGAUCAAGGCGCAAGACAACAAGGCCCGCCUGACAAUAUUAGAGAGGCGCGGCGGGAAACCCAAACGCAAGUGGGACGUGGACAUACUGUGUCUUGUAUGCGGCGGGAUGGUAGAGGAAGCCAGCGACAAAGCAUACAAGGAAGUGCCUGAAACUGCAGGUUCUCAAUUCGGCUCCGAUAUUUCUGAAGACGACAAACACGACAUCAUACCCACGGCAUCUAUGGUUGCCAAACCGCCCGUCCAGGACGACGAUGCAGACUCCGUCAUGGGCGAUGCAGAGUCCGAUCAAGACGUCGAAGCCAAAGACCCACCAGGAAGCGAUGCUGAGAUCAAGGGUGAGACCGUCGAAACACCCUCCUCCGACUAG